GAUAUUAUUUUUCCCAUCGUGCACUUGCAGUCACGUGACAAAUCUCCUUGCACUGUCGCCAUGAUGAACGCAGCAAGGAAAGCGUGGACCGGGGUAUUUAACGCCUCGAGAAGCGGUCUUUCUGUGUCUUCUACAUUAAAUCAGACAAACAGGGCUGUUCCAUCAUGUUUCAUUAAUCGUCGUCAGUAUGCAGCAACCGCUGAGGCGACAGCAUCACCAGUGGCUAGUGGUCGGGUGGUGGCCGUCAUCGGUGCUGUCGUGGAUGUACAGUUUGACGAUGCACUACCUCAGAUUCUCAACGCUUUGGAGGUCAAAGAGAGACAGCCUAGACUAGUAUUAGAAGUUGCCCAACAUUUAGGUGAAAAUGUGGUCCGAACAAUUGCUAUGGAUGGAACUGAAGGUUUGGUACGAGGAGCGCAGUGUAUCGACACAGGAUUCCCCAUCAGAAUUCCUGUGGGCAGAGGAACUCUGGGAAGAAUUAUCAAUGUCAUUGGAGAACCCAUUGAUGAGAGAGGGCCCGUCAAGACUGAAACUGUUUUACCAAUCCAUGCUGAGGCUCCUGAAUUCACUGAAAUGAGUGUCGAACAAGAAGUGUUGGAGACAGGAAUCAAGGUCGUAGAUCUGCUCGCCCCAUAUUCCAAGGGAGGAAAGAUUGGAUUGUUUGGUGGAGCUGGUGUAGGUAAAACUGUGUUGAUUAUGGAACUGAUUAACAACGUCGCCAAAGCUCAUGGAGGUUACUCCGUAUUUGCUGGUGUAGGGGAGAGAACUCGUGAAGGAAACGAUUUGUACUAUGAAAUGAUCACAUCUAAAGUCAUCAGUCUCACAGACGAUACCUCCAAGGUAUCACUGGUGUACGGACAGAUGAACGAGCCCCCAGGAGCUCGGGCUCGAGUUGCUCUCACAGGUCUGACAGUCGCCGAGUAUUUCAGAGAUCAGGAAGGACAGGAUGUGCUACUCUUCAUUGACAACAUUUUCCGUUUCACACAGGCCGGAUCAGAGGUGUCUGCCUUGCUGGGUCGUAUCCCCUCAGCUGUAGGUUACCAGCCAACCCUGGCCACCGACAUGGGUACCAUGCAGGAAAGAAUUACUACAACCAAGAAAGGAUCCAUCACAUCAGUACAGGCUAUUUACGUGCCCGCUGACGACUUGACAGAUCCUGCCCCUGCCACCACUUUCGCUCACUUGGACGCCACAACUGUGUUGUCUCGUGGUAUUUCUGAGCUGGGUAUCUACCCUGCUGUGGAUCCUCUCGAUUCCAACUCUCGUAUUCUGGAUGUAAAUGUUGUAGGAGAAAGACAUUACAGGGUUGCCCGUGGUGUCCAGAAGAUUUUACAGGAUUUCAAAUCACUUCAAGAUAUCAUUGCCAUUUUGGGUAUGGAUGAAUUGUCAGAAGAGGAUAAAUUGACUGUGGUCCGAGCCAGAAAGAUCCAGAAAUUUUUAUCCCAGCCUUUCCAGGUCGCCGAAGUCUUCACAGGACAGGAAGGAAAAUAUGUACCACUCAAAGAAACCAUCACCGGAUUUGAGAAAGUACUACAUGGUGAAUACGAUCACAUCCCUGAAGUAGCUUUCUACAUGGUGGGCCCUAUUGAAGAAGUAGAUCAGAAGGCAGUCAGACUAGCAGAGGAUCAAAACUAAGGCAGCCUUGUUAACCAUUCAUUAUGGGGUGAUCUGACUUCUUAACCUAGUGAUUAUAUUUAUAAUUGAACAUUAGUGCUGUGAAGUGGACAACAGAGAAGAAGAGAUGACCAAGUGACAUAUUUUGUGAUGUAUGAUAAGUUGUAGAUCUUUACAAAUCUACAAUAAACUCGUUUUGAAAAAAGAUUGAAGUGUUUCAUCUUGUGUGAAUAGGGGCUGUUUCAGUGUUUAUCUUAUGAAUGGGUUGUUAUGAAUAUGGCCAUGAGCGCACAGACACUCAACGUUAUAAACAUCUAUAAGAACAACAAAAUUGUCGUCCUAUAAAA